GAGCAAGCAUGAUAUGUUUGAAUUUUGUUGAAGCCGCUUCCCGGCUUCCCGCAUUCCUGCUUUCUCAGUCGCCCAGCUCAAGCCUGGGAAGCUGGUGUUUGGCACUUUCAUGCUCACAUGGCCAGGCCCUACUCGAGCCCUUGCGAUAAGCAACCCCGUGUCCUGAAAGGCUGGCUUUCAGAGGCGGAUGUGGCGCACUUCAAACAUAUAUACAGGACGACAGUGGAGGAAGCGCUAGCAAACCGAAAGGAUCGAAUGGAUGGCAACAGGCCAAUCCAGUACUAUGACCUGCUCAAGUACAUGCACACAUGUCGCGUUCGCGACGCGCGCCUGAAAGACAUCAUUGAGAAGAUCCAUCACCGGGUGGAAGAGGAGUUCGGGCCUGGAUUUGUCAUCGUGCAUGACUUCUGGUCCUACCGCGCUCCAGGGUCCUUUCCUGCGCCUAUCAUGCACACAGACCCCGCCUUCUGGAUGACGGGCCGUCAUGAUGGCUUCAACCUUUGGUUUCUGUUGGAUCACAGGGACAUGGCCUACGGCAUCGAUGUGCUCACCAAGGAGGACAACGAGGAGCUCUAUGCCUGCAGCGCCCUUGGCCUCCCCCACGCGCCCCCUUUCCUUUUUGCAGGCAGCAAGGGCAAGGCCGGGGGCGAAUGCCCGGCCUUCGUUCAUCGUAUUCCCUUGCGGAUGUGGCCCAUGCUUUUCGAGUGGCAGAAUGAUUUGGCUCAGGCUUUAGGCACGCUCUGUUGCAUAUUUUCUACGUGGUGGUUGCAGAAGGCCGUAAGCCUCAGCAAGCGCCUGCAAGAUGCUCUGCCUGCUUGGGCCUUUCGUGGUCUCUUAGGAAUCUUUGGGUGGCUGGGUAGCAUCUACCCUCUGCCGCCCCUCACGCUUAAGCCCCGGCACUUCGAGCUGCAGGUGGGAGAUGCGCAGGUCAUCCGCCAGGACGAGCUGCACGCCUCCGACCAGGAGCCGCUGCGGGAAGGCCAGUUCCGCUUGGCCAUCGGCUUCAAGUUCAUGAAGUCUUCUGAGAGCUCCCCAGUGACACGGUACCUGGUGAACGGCCCCUCGGCCACGUUGAGGCGCCACAUUCGGGGCCUGAAGCUCCCGCCGAACCGACCGCUCCCGGACAUCUACCGGAUGGACGAGGUCGAUAUGGCCCAGGACAAGCCCGGCCCCUUCUCUCGCGCCGUCGGCGUCCCCAUGGGCGCCAAGCUGGGCCGCUUCAUCGCUCCAGAGAAGUGAGUCCAGCAUGGCGCGAAGUCGGCCCCUGAUUUGAAUGAGUUAGUCGAGUUAGUUGCCACAGGUGAGCCGUAGAUGCGCCACCUCUCGAAGCUCUGCCAAAGGUAGAUGGCGCGUUUGAAGCUGGAGAAGGGCCCAGGCCC